GACACGGUUUUUGUCAGGCCUCUGGUUCGCAUUAUGAUAUUAUGGAUGACAGUGGGAAUAAUCCACAAAGAAAACAGGGUACAAGGGUUUUUAAGAAAAGCAGUCCAAACGGAAAAAUUACAACAUACUUGUGUAAGAGAGACUUUAUAGACAGUUUAGCACACGUUGAUCCUAUUGAGGGUGUUGUCCUGGUUGACCCAGAAUAUGUCAAGGGACGGAAGGUCUACACUCAUGUAUUAUCAGCAUUUCGUUAUGGUCGAGAGGAUCUUGAUGUUCUUGGGCUAACAUUUCGAAAAGACCUCUAUCUUUCUUCGGCUCAAGUUUACCCUCCAGUUUAUGCCUCUGAAAAUGGUGAAUCUGGAAAAGUUCUUUUAAAUCCUGCAAGUACAACUGCAUGUGGAGCUCCACGGUCUUCUUCAAACAAUAAUUCUGAUUUGGAAGGUGGUGAAGAGUCAGGAGGUGCUUCACAAUCUGGCACUCUUCCAUUAACCAGACUACAGGAACGUUUAAUCAAAAAGUUAGGUUCCAACGCAUUUCCAUUCUAUUUUAAACUUCCUCCAGAUGCACCGGCUUCAGUUACACUUCAGCCAGGACCAAAUGAAAAUGGCAAACCCUGUGGAGUAGAUUAUGAACUACGCACAUAUGUAGCUGACGGUUCUGAUGAAAAAUUACAGAAGCGCUCAUUUAUACUCCAAUUUUUCCAGCCGAAUAUUUUUAUGCGGCAGUAUGAGCUAUCCUCGUCCGGGCGAUCCAUUACAUUCUGAUAAACGGUGAAUAAUGAUAUUAAUAAUAAUGACAGUAAUGAUAAUCGUCCUCACUAGGUGGCUUAAUAAUCACUUUGUUUGUGUGCGUGUGUGUGUGUAUGUGUUCAUUUUAGUUUUGUUUUGAGGUUAUUGGUUUUGACUAUUUCAUCUGCGUCAUGAAUAACCUAAUGCGUUUUUGUGUUAACAGUCAUCGGGAUGUUAGCUUUCUGUUUUGCAGCAAAAAAUAACUAUUCCUAACAAUGGUGAAAACUGCUGGGGUGAAGUGUGCCGUCGUUUAACUCUGGCUUCUUUUUCUUGAUGUUUCAUUAAAUUGCUGUCAUUUUCUUUCGUCAUUACUAACCCCAGUGUUUCCUUUUUUAUUCCAUUACGUAGCAAGUGGAAUGUAGGGAUUUAAGCUUUGAAGUGUUGUGUUUUUUGCGGGGUAAUGGUGAUGACGAUGAUGAUGGCCUCAUGGAUGACUUCUCCUCCCUCUUGGGCUUACUACCAGCUGGGUGAAAUUUGACAGUCUGUUGGCCGGAAAUCUAACCCUAACCCCCAUGUGUAGCUGGUGAACAUUCUAUCGUUAAACCAGUGAAGUGUUUCUAUUUUUUUCACCUGGGAGAGAUUCUUUGAAUUUUUCCUUCUUUUAUACUGUCGAUUGCCUUCAAAGAGUAGGCUUCAUUAUCUCGGAUCAUGUACACUUUCUUCAGGCAAGUGUAUAAAGAUAGAUCGAGCUAACUAGUUCUAAAUACGACAGAAAUAUACAUGUCCUAGACUCCGUCCAUAGACGCAAUCGAAUUAACAUUCGGACUUAGUCUAGGCGUCCAUAGUAGGCGCCGAUAUGUCUAAACUUUGUGCUGAACUUAUUUAUCUUCAGAGCCCACGCCGGCGCAUACCUGAUAUCUAUGGUCGGCCUGCAAAAUUUGGGCUACCGAUAUCCAUGCUGAAAAUUCCAUACUUGUACGAAAAAUGCAGUGUGGAAUUAAGCUGUAAAUC